AUUCAUUCGCAUUUUUCCGUCUCCCAUCUAAGCGUCUUUCCGUGUGAUUUUUUUUAUAUUCCCACAUAGCGUCAUGAAUGUACGUAUACGACCAAAAUACUAGCACACCAGGUGAAGUUUUUCGGUACGAAUUUAAACAAAUAGUAUUUUGAAUUGUAUGCCUGUGCGAUGAGUUUUGGUUUCUUUUCACAACACAAUCUUAUCUAAAAACUACGGUAUAUGCCUUUCGGUACUAGUUUAAACAAGUUUCUGCUUAAAUUCUGAAUUCUAUGUUUUUAUACUGGUAAAGUGUCAUUCAACUUAGAUUGUUAAAGUAACGAGAAGUUGGUUUAGCGAUUAAGUUGGCAGUUUGGAGGUUUCUUCCCCACAAAAAAAGAAAACGUCGUCAUUCGUCACUUGAACCUCGAAAUAUAUUCACGCACAUAAUCAGUGCUCCGAAAGCUUGGAGAUUUAUAAUUCUUAUUUAAUUCGGUUGAAAUUUAUCGCAUUUAUUUGCUGUAUAACUUCGAGCAAGGCGUUGGUGGUCGGUGAUAGUUGUUUAAUAUUAUUGUGCUACAAAUUAUUAAAGUUUUGGAGUGUCGCGUACAGUUAUCUCUUCCACUUAUUGUGCACCCAACCAGACUGGUGGUAUUAGUCAUUGGUUUGCUUGCUUUGUACACUUGCCUACAUAGCUUUGGAAAUGUUGAUCUGCUGUAUUGAAGGCUGCGAACUAAACAAUUUGAUUUCCGAUGACGAGCAUGUGAGGUGCUGGUUGUGUGACGAAUAUGCCCAUGCAAAGUGCGCGGGCAUAACUGACAGUAUAGUGGAAAUGAUUGAAGAAAGAAGUGGACUCAAGUGGACCUGUGAAAACUGCAGAGUGAUCAAAUCUCAGAUGGGAAGAUUUAUGAAGCAAACGCGUACGGAAAUUACCGAACUCUUUAAGGAAAUUAGAGCCGUGCAUGACAAGUUGGCGAAGCUGGAAUCGCAUCUUACAUCUCUAGACCCUCAACUGCCAGCUGAGGACGGUGCCUUAAGCUCUAACCAAUGUAAAAUCCCACCACCCACUUUCGCGGGUACUAAUGACGACAAAGAAGUAAAAGAUUCCAAGUCAUCUAAUUUUAUACACAAUGCUACGGGUAUGCACCUAGUGAAAAUAUGGCAUCAUAAUGCGGCUCCAGUGGUACUACCGCUACAACCGGAUAUUCUUAAAGCUGUUACUCCAAUGAAGGCUGUGUUCGUAUCUAGGCUUAUAACUUCAACUACUGAAGAUGCCCUUAAGCACUACAUUAUUGCCAAACUCUUUUAUCCGAAUCCCGAUGACAUCAUCGUCAGAAAAAUAUAUAAUAAGCAAAGACGAAAAAUUGCAUCGUUUAAAGUGAUGGCGCCCGAUUCCAUAUAUUACAUGAUUUUAAAUCCGGGAUUUUGGCCUGAACAUAUCAUUGUGCACGAGUUUGUCAAAAAGAGCUUCCUUCAAACCAAUGUAGAAUUUACCAAUUAA